AUGCCGGCUGACCCUGGGCCCGAGGCGGGCAGUGGCUGGCCGGGCUUCCUCAUGUCCUGCCUGAAGGGCCCCCAUGUCAUCCUCAAGAUGGAGGCCAUGAAGAUGGUCCACCCUGAGAAGUUCCCCGAGCUGCAGGCGGCCGCCCCCUGCUUCCCACCUGCACCCCGGCCCACCCCCGCUCUGGCACCCAAGAGAGCCUGGCCCUCAGACACAGAGAUCAUCGUCAACCAGGCCUGUGGGGGGGACAUGCCUGCAUUGGAAGGGGCUCCCUGCACCCCGCCGCUGCCACGUCGGCCCCGCAAGGGCAGCGCGGAGCUGGGCUUCCCCCGAGUGGCGCCGGCGGACGAGGUCAUCGUGAAUCAGUACGUGAUUCGGCCUGGCCCUGCGGCCUCAGGGGCCCCCGCGGCAGCGGCAGCGGCUGCAGGAGAGCCUCUGGAGUGCCCCACCUGCGGGCACACGUACAACGUCACUCAGCGGCGGCCCCGCGUGCUGUCCUGCCUGCACUCUGUGUGUGAGCAGUGCUUGCAGAUUCUCUACGAGUCUUGCCCCAAGUACAAGUUCAUCUCCUGUCCCACCUGCCGCCGCGAGACUGUGCUCUUCACCGACUACGGCCUGGCUGCGCUGGCCGUCAACACGUCCAUCUUGAGCCGCCUGCCACCCGAGGCACUGACCGCUCCGUCCGGUGGCCAGUGGGGGGGCGAGCCUGAGGGCAGCUGCUACCAGACCUUCCGGCAGUACUGUGGGGCCGCAUGCACCUGCCACGUGCGGAACCCGCUGUCCGCCUGCUCCAUCAUGUAG